AUGUGGCGUGCAAUGUUCCUCCUGUUGCUCACGGCGCGCGUGGAGGCGGGCGCACCCGAGUGCCCCUGUAUCGACAGCAGCCAUUCAGACUACGCCGCCAUUUCGGCGGUCGUGCAGAGUUGGGGCAUGGCAGCGGAUUAUGGACUCGGUGCCUGCGCUGCCCAUGAUUCCAACAACACCUUGUAUGACUGUACAAUGAACGCCCAUCCCUAUUGCACUGCGCCCUGGUGCUAUGUGGACACGUCGCUCUGCCAGAAGAACAACGCCCUCUGUGUGGCGGCGGGAGGUGUUCCCGGGAGUGACAUUUCACCCUACUGCCGCACACGCUCCAACACCGUGUCUCCUCAGUUCAACAUCACAGUGGCCUACAGCUACGAGACGUGCGGCUCCAUCAACCACUACGAUAUUGAGCAACUGGCCGUGGACGUUUCUGGACAUUCGCUCAAGGCGGCCAUUGACUUCACGACUCCCUGGGUAGUGGAACGGACAGGUCCAAGCUUCCCCAGUGGCUAUGGUGGUGCCAGCUACGACUUCUUCAUCGCGGCCUUGAACCUCAUUGAGCCCAACGUCCCGACCGUCAACAUCGUCCCGGGCUGGGCAACCGCAGGCUCCAGGGCGCUCUACAGCAGCUCCUACACGGCGUGCGUGCACGACGUGGCGGUAGGGAACUUCGACGUGUGUAUUGCGGAUCUGUGGGUGACACCCGAGAGGACCCAAUUGGCCACCUUCACACCAGCCAUCCGGCAAGACUUCUUCUAUUUGGUGGUGCCAAGGAAGAUCGUGGAAGCCACCUUCAUGACCCGCUUGACGAAGCCCUUCCUCCCUUUCUCCAUCGGCGCUUGGCUGGGCAUCGCCGCCUUUCUCUUCGGCCUGGCCCUUGUGCUGUGGCUUCUUCACAUCAAAGAGCACGGCUAUGAGCGAAGCGAAAGCUUUGGCGAGUUCCUUCGACUUCAGUGGCAUAUUUGGCACGACUUCCUGCUGGGUGGAGGUGGAUCUCGGACGGGAUCCAUGCCAGAGAGACGAGAGGAUCUCUUUUGA